AUACAAAUUAACAGAAUAAUUUAAUUACGACUUUGGCCACAGAAGAAGGUUUGAUCAUUUCUCCAUGCCAGUGCAGUAAGCAGUUCCUCAUUGAGACCCUGAUGGAAAGCUGAUAGAACACUGGUUUGUUCCACCUGCUCUCUGGUGGUCGAAACAGUGCACACAUGUCUUUAGUCCCCUUGUUGUACCUCCUUGCCCUUGUGCAUCAAAUUCAAAGCUCCUUCUUUUCAACCAAGGGAGCAUUUUUUCGGUGAGAAAGUUCAGGAACUGAGCUGUCUUGGUUCGAUCUGAAACCUUAUGUUACCUGGAGAAAUAUAAUGAGUAUUAGAGCAGGGAGCCCUUACACACUGCUGGCUUCUCCAAGUUCUAGUCUGGGUGUGUGAUGGGAGAAGCAGUGAGAUGAUGCAGGGCCGCUGGCUGAACCACAUUGGUGGCUUUCAUUUGUGGCCUUUUUGAUUCUUUGGUGUUACUCAUCGAUUGUGUAAUUAGAGCUUGAUACCAAUUGAAUUUGAGCUCCUGCAUCCAUGUGACAGUGAUGUAUUAUGUCAGGAAUAAAUCAGAUUUGAAUAAACCAAGCAAACAAAACAAAUGUGAAUCAAAAUGAGAAACAUAUGACAGGCAGCGGUGAGAAGAUCAGCAAACAAUCAGGGCAAAACCAAAUCAGGUUAAAAAACAGGACACUACAGCUUGGUUCAAGGACAUAGAGUGUGUACCUCUCAGCGAAUUCUUGCAUUCAGACUCAGAGUGUGUGUGUGUGUGUGUUUGUGUGUGUAUUCGAGUCCAGCUGUACACAGUCAGUAAUCAGGUGAACUGGAACGUGUCUCCUGGGAUUUGGUGUCCUCAGUGGGAACGUUAGUAAGCCAUGCUGAGUUCUGGGAAAUGUUCUAAAUCUUGUGCGUACAUGACAUGUUUACAGAGUAACAGAGCAGAUCGUGAUUAUCAGAUAAGAUGUGUUUGUUGUUUCAGAUUCAUGAACUCUCGAGUGCCAUCCAGCAAAAGGUAUCAGCCCACCGAGUAUGAACAUGCAGCCAACUGCGCUACACAUGGAUUUUGGAUUAUUCCCAGUAUCGUGGGCAGUUCGCUGUUGUACUUCCUGUCUGAUGACCAAUGGGAAAGCAUCACAGCAUGGCUGUACGGCACUGGACUGUCUGGCUUGUUCAUCAUGUCCACGAUGUUCCACACUGUAAGCUGGAAGAAGAGUCACUUGCAGAUCGUAGAGCAGCGCUUCCACAUGUGUGAUAGGAUGGUGAUUUAUUUCUUCAUCGCUGCCUCUUACACCCCCUGGUUGAACCUGAGGGAGCUCGGGCCCUGGGCGGCACACAUGCGCUGGCUGGUGUGGAUCAUGGCCUGCGUGGGCUCCGCUUACGUCUUCUUCUUUCAUGAAAAGAAUAAGAUAUUGGACCUGAUUUGUUACACAGUCAUGGGAGCUGUUCCUGCACUCGUGCUUCUGUCGAUGCCAAACAGAGAGGGCGUGUUGGAGUUGUCAAUGGGUGGAGUCUUUUACUGCAUGGGUGUGGUUUUCUUCAAGAGUGACGGCCUUGUACCUUUCGCUCACGCCAUCUGGCACGUCUUUGUGGCUAUAGGAGCCGCCAUCCACUAUUAUGCCAUCUGGAAGUAUCUUUAUGCGACAGGAAGCAGCCACAUUCGAAGCGCCAGGUGACACACGGAGCUGCUGAUGAACAUCUCACACACACACACACACACACACUGCCUGGGCCAGGAGGCUCUAUGUGUGUAAAUGGAUAAUUCAGUUUACUGAAGAAAAAAUAAAAACACGUGUCUGCUGAACUCUACUGAAGAACCCUACGCAUAGAGAACAGAUGGAGGAUGAAGUUUACUUCUACUGAUCAGCCAUAACAUUAUAAACAGAACCUUGUGCCCAAUAUGGUGUAGGCUCCACCUGUGCCACUGGGGUGGCUCCGGCCCAUCAGGACGUGGCUCUAGAGGGCUUGUAGGGCGGGCCCUCUGUCGAUCAGUUGUCUGGUGCAUCCCUUGGGCUCUUUGCCUGCUGGGCCGUGUGCACUGUGGGUCACUGGGAGUUCUGGUGUUCUUCUAUCACUGGCAGCAUUGAUUUUUAUUUCAUUGAUUUGUGCCGUGUUGGCUUUUCUGUGAGAUCGGACCUGACGGACGGGCCUUUUGGUCCCUGUGGGCAUGGCUGAGCUUUCGCUGCCCGUGAUCCUGUGAACAAUUUACUGGUUAUUAUAUAAUUCAACUUCUUUAAUUAACGUUAAUGUUGUGGCUGUUCGGUUUAUAUUUAGGGUUUGAGAACGUGUUAGUUAUUCUACAUGGGUGUGUAAUUCUCAUUAAUUUAUUGAAAGCACAAUUCCAUUUUUGUUGUGCUUCACUCUUGUUUUACUUGCAUUUAUCACAGUAUUUAAACACAGCACUUUGUUUUGUACGAGGAAGAUUCUCAGGACUGUAUGUACUGUAUAGUGUUUGUGUCUGAAUUCUCAUGGACACUUUGAUUUAUCUGCUGCAGAAUUAUACAAUUAUUAAAUGAUUAAAGACAACAAAACACUGUGAUGUGACUAAUAAAUAUCAGCGGAGGCUGAGACAUACUUGUUUUUUUGUUUUAAUCGUAGCAUUUUAAGAGAAACGAUUCAACCUGUGAACUUGCUAUGAGAAACUGGAGCGACACAGCAGCUGUUAGAGCAUAACGUCAAUGUUUAUCAAUGUUAAGUGUUAAGUGUUUUCAAUGUUAUAAUGAUCUGACUUAUAAAGAACAUCA